GGUCACACGCACCUGGGCUGAAAACAGCUGGCAUCUGAAACCCCUUGGACUUGCUGGAGACAGCCUGGUCUACCUGCGGAUGUUGUGAAUUAGGAGCUGGCCAAAGAGUGGGAGAGCUCCAGCAUCCCUCCCUGGAAAAGAUUGGGAAGCAUGGCUGCUAAGAAACUAAGAAGAGCACAGUUGUCCCAGGAAAUGUGUGAAAGGCUGAGUCGCUAUCAGAUCACUACCUGCCAGGACUUCUUAUGUCUUUCCCUCUUGGAGCUAAUGAAAGUGACGGGACAGAGCUACUAUGAGGUGCAGAAGCUUCUUUGUAAAGUCAGCCGAGCUUGUGCUCCCAAGAUGCAGACGGCUUAUGAAAUGAAACUAAGGAAGUCUGUCAAUCCUUCUUCAGCCUUUUUAUCCACCACUCUUCAUAGUUUGGAUAGAGUCCUCAAUGGUGGAGUGCCUUGUGGAUCCCUCACAGAGAUAACUAGCCCACCAGGUUGUGGCAAAACUCAGUUUUGUAUUAUGUUGAGUGUUCUGGCUACGCUGCCUGUAAGCAUGGGAGGACUAGGUGGGGCUGUUAUAUACAUCGACACAGAGUCUGCAUUCAGUGCUGAAAGGUUGAUUGAGAUAGCAGCGAGCAGAUUCCUUACCUAUUUUGACUCAGAUGAAAAGCUGCUCUGCAUGACCCGUAGCAUCCACGUGUACCGAGAGCUGACCUGUUGCUGUGUACUGAAGAGGAUUAUGUCUUUGGAAGAAGAAAUUAUUUCGAAGAAAGUUAAACUUAUAAUAAUUGACUCUGUUGCUUCAGUUGUCAGAAAGGAGUUUGAUACAAAACUCCAGGGCAAUCUGGCAGAGAGAAGUAACUUUUUGACUAGAGGAGCAUCAGUGUUGAAGUAUUUGGCAGAGGAGUUCUCAAUACCAGUUAUCUUGACGAAUCAGAUUACCACAUCUCUGAGCAGUGGCCCUGCGAUCCAGGCAGACCUGGUGUCUCCAGCUGAUGAUUUGUCCCUGUCUGAAGGAUCUUCUGUGAGUGGGAAGAGGGAUUCUGGUUGUGUGACAGCAGCCCUUGGCAACACGUGGAGUCACAGCGUCAACACCAGGCUCAUACUACAAUACCAUGACUUGCCAACAAGACAGCUCCUGGUUGCUAAAUCCCCUGUUGCUCCAUUCUCCACUUUUUUCUACACCAUUGAGAAAUCAGGCUUGGUUCUUCAGGACCGAAAGGAUCAAACCAGUUUAGUUUGGGAAGGGACCAAUCCUGCCCUGCAGCCCAUACGAGUGAGGAACACUGCCUUGAAAGAUACUUUUCAUGAUGCUGCUCUACCCAGCACUACUGGUGAGACUUCAAGAAACACAUCAAAUCUAUAGAAAGGACAAAUGAAACAUCCCCAAAGACUUGAAUAAAUAAUAACAUUGGUUUUCAAAAA